UCUGGUGUCUUCGCUGUGUGUUCGCGAACAAAGACGUCCGGACAUUCCCUUGAAGGCAAUUAAAUGCGGGUAUCGGAAAUUUACAUUGAUCACCGCGCCGAUCAAACGUUGUCCCACCUAACUUAAAUAACCGGUCAUUUUCAGCGCCCACAAAGUCAGCACUGUUCGACUAAAAAGGAACAACAACUCUGCUAUAGACUAGUCACAGAUCACAAUUUCAAUUUGUGGCAGCACACAAUGCGACUCCGCUACUGUGGAUGAUGCCACAAUUCGUGAGAUUUAGCGAACUUCCAACUGACAUUGCCAUCCUCGUCUUCACCCACGCCGCACAACCAACUUUCGCUCAACCUGCCACUUUCGCUACCAACAACCCAUACUCACUUGCCCUUUCGCUUUCUUGCGUCUGCAAAAUUGCCAGGCGCUGUGUGCUCCCAGAAAUUCUGCACACAGUAUUAUUGGCAGAAUCUCGCCAUGUGACAGCUUUCGUACAGGCUCUACGUAUGCAGAAAACAUACGCUGAGCAACAACAGCAUGAUCUAUCUCUUGAUUACGCAUCUCGCGUGCACAGGAUGUGGAUCGGAGAGUUUGGGGGGCUUCUCCGAAUCCCAAAUGCUCCCUCCAUUCGCAGCGAGCCGGGUUCGGAAUUAGAUGUCAGCCUACUAGCCCCGGUGCUACUGGCCACACCGUCCCUCUCGCUCGACUUUGCAAGUCUGGACGUUCUUUUAGGUUGCCUCGAACAUGCGUGGAACUCCGAUAUUGACUUGAAUGUCAAUGUCGACCACAGAAGUUCCCUGCUUCCUUGGAGCACCAAAAGUUUGACGCUAUCAGGCUGUCCCUCUCGCCAAUGGUGGCCCUUCAUUGGGACGGUCCAUGGAUAUACUUUCCUUGCUUCCAUUCAACACCUCACCCUACUCUCUUGCACACCCUCCGAAAAAUCUAUGCACUUCCAGGGCCGCUGUAUUAGCGUAAUUAAAUCUCGAGAUUCUGAACCCUACAUGAUGCCUUUCUGGAUGGCGCGGGCUCCUUUCAAGAAAUUAAAAACAUUCUCGCUGGCCAUGCCGCACAUCGAAUCCCCGGUCGCUGAAUCUGCGUCUAGCGCAAAGGAGACCUGGGUGAAGCUGGUCACGCUCCCCGCUUCUCUGCUGCCGGAGCCUUGGACGCACCAAGAAAUAAAAACGUUUGUGGAGACUGGAGUGGGAUUUAUUCCAUAUAUUUUCCUACCAGUGUCCUGUUCUCAACAGUUGUGUACACUUUGUCUCGAUUGCGAGAAGCUUUGGGCAUGUGGAUGCGAGGGCCCACUGGCGCGGGUGUCAGACUGAUUAGUGUGUAUACGUAACUUACUCGCAAUUACUUGUCUUACUUAUCGUAUACUUGGACAUGGCCAAAACUUUUAAUUUGUUACUUAUAACUAGCUAGUACUACUGGGCUGGCUUCACGG